AUGGCUCUUUUGCACAGCUUGGAAAUCAUAGGAAUAAGAAACUUCAGCCCCGACGAUGUCCAAAGAAUAUAUUUCCAAAGGCCGGUGGUUCUAUUUCAAGGGCAGAACGGUAGUGGAAAAACUACGAUAUUGGAGUGCAUAAAAUUCGCCAUAACCGGAGAUUUACCUUUAGGCACCAAUAAUGGCAGGGGUUUUCUUCACGAUUUGAAAAUAGUCGGUAAAAACACAUUGAAAGGAAGCAUAAAGAUCAAAUUUAGAGACACUGAUGGAAAUAUGAUAACAGUCUCCAAAGUUUUACAGGUACAAAAUAAAAAUGGCACCAUCCGUUUCAGUCGUCUAAACAACACCGUGCAUAAGAGGGACAGUAACGGAGCCCCGGUGGACAUUUGCAAUCGUAACCUAGACGUGGACAUUUACUCGUGCAGCGCAUUCAAAGUAUCCAAAUCGAUCCUCAACAACGUCCUUUUCUGCCACCAGGAGAACUCCCUUUGGCCCCUGGACGAGCCCAAGCAACUCAAGGAGAAAUUCGAUGAAAUAUUCGACACUAAGAAAUACAACCAGUCCAUCGACAAUGUCAGGAAGUACAUUAAGGACAACAUGAAGAAGUUGCCGCACUUGAAAAUAUCGUUGGAAGAUAAGAAAGUGUUGAAGAACCAAGCGGAGAAGCAAAGAGCGAAAUACGAAGAUCUAAAGGAAAAAUUGAAGGAUGUUGAAAAGGAUAUAAAAGCGAAGAAAGAACAACUAAAGCCUCUGGUGGAGGAGAUGAAGCAAAUACUGAAAUUGGAAGAUACUUUGGGGGAAUUGCAUGGGAAACUUACUGCGAAAGAGGAAGAGAAGAAAGGACUUUUCAACCAGCAAAGGAACCUUAAGGAUAAUAUGUCGUGCGUCUUCGAAGGUUCUGACAAUGAACUUAAAGCCAAAAUAAAGGAAUUCAAAGAAAACGAAGCUUCGGAAAAAUCGUCCAUCCAUCAGCUGGAAAGAUCCGUGCAAAACGAUACUAAACAAAUCGAAAAUCUCUACAAAAGCAUCCAAGCCAAACAAGUCCAAAUAGGCCAAAUGAAAGAAGAACAAAAGCAGUACAAGUUAAAACUAUUAGAAAGCCAGAAGUUAAUCGAUAAGCUAAAAUCCGAUUUAAAAGUAGAAGUUUCCGGCGACAAAUCCGCUCUAAUAACAGCACUUUCGACUGCAUUAACAAGCUUACAAAGCAAAUUCGAUCAGUUGAAAAUCGAGCAGGACAAAGAAGAAAAAAAGCUGCAAGACGAAAUCGACAAGGCGAGAACGGAAAACGCCAAAAUCGAGCAAUUGAUUUCGUCGAAGAAAUCCAUGAUAAACGACUACAAAAACAAGCUAAAACGGAUCAAAGACAAGUUGGACGAAUUGGACUCUUCUCACACCCAACUCAAAAUGAUCACCGAUAAAAUCGAAAGGUCCCAAAAGGAGCUCGUCGAUUUGAAAAAUUCCUUCAACGAGCAAGACGCAAAAAACGAAAUAGCAAACCUUCAAGACGAGAUCGACAAAACCGAGGUCUACUUGGAGAAAUUGGACAAAGAAUUCCGGAUACUCCAACGUAACUACACGACCGAAGAAAAGAUCGAAUCCGAGAGGGGCGUGAUAUUCCAAAAGCGGGCUGAAAUCGACAAAUUCAAGACCAAGCAUUCGCAACACUUGCAAACCCUGUUUAUGCAGGAUCCCGUGCCGGAGAAAAAUUUGAACAGGGCCGUUGGACUCAUUCAAAACCAGCUGGACGUCGAACAGGAAAAAUUGCACAAAAGCGUGAAGGAUUUGGAGAAAGAAUUAACGACAUUAGAGAGUAACUUGAAAUACAAGAAGGGCCAACUUCAGUAUGAGCAAAAUGAAUUAUCAAGCAACCAACGAAAAAUAGAAGAAAUCUGCCAGGGCAAGAGCUACGACUCGUUCCUGGACGAAACCAGCCGCAAGAAGGACCAAUUGCAACAGAAACACGGCACCAUUUCGACCUAUUCCACCAUAUUGAACCAGUUCGCGAAGCAGAUCGAAUCGGAAAAGUGCUGUCCCGUGUGCCAAACGAAAUUCGACCAGACCGUCGCCCUCAUACCGGAGAUAGUCAAGCAGCUGAGGAAGCGCGUCAGCGACGCACCGGCCAACAAGGCGGAGAUCGAGGGCAAUCUGAAGCGCGAGGAGGUCCUCUACAACAAAUUGCAACAGCUCAAAGUCGUCUACGAGAACGUGAAAUACGCGGAAUUCACCAAAAUACCCGGCCUGAUGGGCGACAUCGACGAGGCGUCGGAAUCGAUCGGGGAAGUGCGCGGGAAACUGGCUGCGGAGAAGGCGAAGCUGGAGAUGCCGCAGAAACGGUUGAAAAUUUGCCGGGAAGUGAUCGCGGACGCGGCGCUGUUCGAUCAAUGCCAAAUCGAUGUGGAAAAGGCCGAGGCUAACGUGGAGGAUUUGCAAAGAAGCAUCAUAACCAUAUCGUGCGGUCGAUCCUAUCAAGAAACCAACGUUGAAAUCGGCAAAGUUAAAGGGAAAUUGAGCAACUCGAAAAACAGUCUCAACACUGCCAAAAACUUGCUGGAUCAGCACAGAGACAAUUGUCAAGAGUUAACGAAGAGAAUUCAGCUCGAUACGCAGAAACAAAUCAACAUGCAGAAGCUGGUCCAAGAGAAACCUCUGUUGGACAAGCAACACGAAGAAUACAAAGCACAAAUUGCCAAUUUAACGACCUCCAUAGAAGAAGAGGAGUUCUGUCUGGCCGCUCAAAAAGGCGAGUUGAAAACGGCCCUAGAUAAUAAGAAAAAUCUCGUGGAGAAGAACCGUAAAAUACAGGACGUCGAGCGAAAGAAGAUCACCCAACAUCACAACGUAUUUUCCGAGAUACGUAAAGUCGAAGACAACAUUAGGGCUUACGAGCUGAAAGAAAACGACGCCAAACUGGGGAAAUUGGUCGAAGACCUGGCGGAAUUGCAAGUAACCUCGCAGAAUCUGGAAAAGAACAAGUCCAAAAUACUCGCGGAAAUCACGCGAAAGAAGGAAACUUUAGCCAAAGGCGAAACCAAUCUUCGAGCGCUCACCGACAACGUAACGUUGCGCGAUAUACGAAAACAAGAACAGCAAGUCGUCGAACAAAUGGAAUCCAUCAAAUCCGAAAUAGGCCAAUACACCUCCCAAACGCUGUUCGAGGACAAAUCGCGAAAGCAGCAGGCCAUGUCGAGGCGAGAAAGGGAAAUCAUCAUGUUGCAGGGCCAACACGAGCAAAUGAAGGCGCAGUACAGGGAACUCGAGUCGGAAAUCAACAAACCCGAAAUCGCGGGCGCUUACAACAAACACCAAUUGGCCUACUACGAGCUGCGCACCACCGAAUUGGCCAUUGAAGACAUGAAGGAAUUCGCCGUCGUAUUGGAACGUUCUCUGCUCAAGUUCCACGAAUCCAAGAUGAUUCAAAUCAACAAGUCCAUCAAGACUUUGUGGAGGGACAUUUACAGGGGAAACGAUAUCGAUUACAUCGAGAUCAAAACCGAGGAGACCGUAGAAAGUGGGGGAAACAGGCGCAAUUACAAUUACAGAGUGGUACAGGUCAAGAACGACAUUGAAUUGGAAAUGAGAGGUAGAUGCAGCGCCGGUCAAAAGGUACUAGCUUGCUUGGUGAUUCGCAUGGCUUUAGCGGAAACAUUCAGCAUAAAUUGCGGUAUAUUGGCUCUGGACGAGCCGACGACUAAUCUGGAUAAAGAGAACAUCUACAGUUUGUGCGACGCUCUUUGCCAGCUUAUAAGGAGUAGGGAGAGGGAACAGAACUUUCAGUUGUUGGUAAUCACGCACGACAGCGAUUUCAUCACAACAUUGAGCCAAAGUCUCGACGUCGAUACUUACUGGCAAGUCAGAAGAGAUGAUCAGGGCAUGUCCGUGGUUGAGAGACGUGAUUUCUAA